UUCUUCCCGAGCUGCUGGCAAGGAAAGUGGUACACACCGAGAACACUUCAUGAUGAGUUAUGCUGAAAAGCCAGAGGACGUAACACGGGAAGAGUGGAUGGAAAAGCUCAAUAAUGUUCACAUUCAGCGGGCAGAUAUGAAUCGACUCAUUAUGAAUUAUCUGGUGACAGAGGGAUUUAAAGAGGCUGCUGAGAAGUUCAGGAUGGAAUCGGGUAUUGAGCCAAGUAUUGAUCUUGACUCUCUGGAUGAAAGGAUAAAAAUCAGGGAGAUGGUCCUGAAAGGACAGAUACAAGAGGCCAUUGCACUGAUCAACAGUCUGCAUCCUGAGCUGCUGGACACUAACCGUUACCUGUACUUUCAUCUUCAGCAACAACACCUGAUAGAGCUGAUUCGCAUGCGGGAAACUGAAGCCGCACUGGAGUUUGCACAGACACAGCUGGCUGAACAGGGAGAGGAAAGCCGAGAGUGUCUGACCGAGAUGGAGCGCACCCUUGCACUCCUGGCAUUCGAUAACCCAGAGGAAUCACCCUUUGGUGACCUGCUGAACAUGAUGCAGAGACAGAAGGUGUGGAGCGAGGUAAACCAGGCGGUGCUGGACUAUGAAAACAGGGAGUCGACACCGAAACUUGCCAAACUCCUCAAACUGCUGUUAUGGGCCCAGAACGAGUUGGACCAGAAGAAAGUAAAGUACCCCAAAAUGACAGAUCUAAGCAAAGGCACCAUCGAGGACCCCAAAUGAAAAUCAAACGGCAUUUCUGUUCUUUCGUUCUGCGGGGAACACUAUGGACGCUUUCCCUUUCCUUAUCUAUUUAUACUCCGUGACUGAUGCCCAGACAUCCUUUUAUCAUCCAGUUGUUUUGUUUACUUGUUGCUUAUCAGAGACAUUGCAUUUGUUUGGGCUGUGGAAAUGAGAUUGUUGAUAUUUAAAGGAUGACUUCUAGCCAAAAUGGAAACACUUUCUGUCGCAGAGGGAUUUCUGUGAUUUUUGUUACUACAAUGUUUGCUGAGCUGAAUUUAUUGCAUUUUAGAAUUUAUUUUUUUUUGAGAACUAUUAUCUCUCUAUUUUGUUCAUGAAUGUUCAGAAAGUAUACACACCUGACUACACCACACUGUUUAGGUAACUUACAAUUUUAGCAGAUGCCUCUGUGUCCACUGAUGUAAGGUACCAAAGGGCACAAUAUUGGUGUCAUCAAGGACAGUGGAUUGAUUGUAUCACGGAAAAGAACGAGUUCUGCACACUUACACAACUUAAUUUGCAGUGCACAAGUAAACAUUUUGUAUGUGCGUUAAAGGGAUAUUUUGCCAAAAACUGUUAAUUUUCUAUUUAUUCACCCUCAUGUUAUCACAGAUGUGUAUUACUUUUUUUCUUCUGCAGAACACAAACAAAGAUCAUUAGGAGAAUAUCUCACCUCUGUUGGUCCAUGCAAUGCAAGUCAACAGGCUCCAAAAAGCAAAAAAAUGCAGCACAAAAGUAAUCCAUAAAACUCCAGUGUUUUAAUCCAUGUCUUCUGAAGUGAUCGUAUCGAUUUUGGGUCAGAACAGACCGAAAUAUAACUCCUUUUUGCUAUAAAUUCUGAUAUCAUGAAUUCAAGCUUGAUCACUUCAGUGCAGAGCACAAAAUGCUGCUACACUAAGCGCCAUUUAGUGCUCUGCACUUGCAUCAAGCACUAGGAAGUGUAAUCGAGUUUGAAAUCAUGUUUGUGCCUAGAGAGUGCAAGAGCAAGUUGUACAGUAAAAGUCACAUUUUGGUCUGUUCUCACCCCAAACCAACUGGAUCACUUAAGGACACAUCGAUUAAACCACUGGAGUUACUUUUAUGGAUUACUUUUAUGCUGCUGUUUUGUGUUUUUUGAGAUUCAACGUUUUGGUCCCCAUUCACUUAAAUUGUAUAGCCCUACAGAGUGGUGAUGUUCUUCUAAAUGUCGUCAUUUGUGUUCUGCAGAAGAAAGUCAUACACAUCUGGGAUGGCAUUAGGGUCAGUAAAAUAUGAGAGAAUUUAAAUUUCGGGGUGAACUAUCCCUUUACAGGGCAUGUCAAAAAACAACUGCCCUUUUAAAUACUAAUUUGAUUGCAUUAUAAUGUUAUAAAGUCAUGUGACAUUGUUUUCUACUGUACAUUGUCAUAGUAUUCCUGCUUACAUUUGACAUUCAAUUACGUGACUUAUAGCUAUUGCAGAGAUCGAAUUGUAAGCCUCUGAAACUCAGAUGCUUCACAUAGGUAUUAAAUAUAAUUUUUUUAAUCCACAAAACUCUAUAUUUGAUUCUCAAAUUUGCUGAUUCCAUUGAAUGCUAUGAUGACCAAAUAGAGACAUCAUCAAGCCAUAUCCUAUGAUGCCCAAUCAAAUGUUGCAGAAGGAUGUUUUUAAACAUUGGCAUAUGAAAGCCACCCCACCAUCGCCAAUGUCAUUGUAAUAAUUGUAUGCGGGUGGCGGGUAAGAACCUCGGGGCACUUGCGUCGAAACCAGCCUUGAGAUGACACUGACAAUGCGUCACAGCAACACUCUACUAUGACAACAUGGACUCUGCCCUCUGCGGACGGGCCAUUUCAUUUAGCAUAGUUUAUUCUUCAGCGAUGUACUUUAUCCAGGUAAUAUAUUCCCGCAGCUGGCAUUAGUGAUCGACGAUUCUUGUUUAGAACAUCAGUGUCUGCUAUGACUUUUAGUAGAGUUACGUCAAUUAAACAUAUACACUAUCUGUAUCAAAAUGUUUUUACAAGAUGAGCGAUUUCAAG